AUGUACCUAAAAAAGAGGGACGGGUCCGAAGGAGAAGAUCCUAAACGAGUUCCUCUUUGUGAACUAGUUGAUGGAUUGCAUUUUGCAGCUGAUAGCUCGUCUUCCCGGGACUUAGCUGCUUGGCUGCUUUCUCCGGUGCCAGCUCUGAAACCGGAGAAUGGAGCUGUUUACGUUUUAUGCAUUAACUUGUACUCUUGCUUUCUUUUGCCAGGUGAAAGAUUGGGUCGCGGCAUUGUUACUGAUGCGAUAACUACCCCUAUUGUUAACACAUCUGCUUAUUUCUUCAAGAAAACUCAAGAACUCAUUGAUUUUAAGGAGAAACGCCAUGCAAGUUUUGAAUAUGGACGCUAUGGAAAUCCCACAACUGUUGUAGCAGAGGAGAAAAUAAGUGCACUGGAGGGAGCUGAGUCAACCUUGAUAACUGCCUCUGGUAUGUGCGUGAGUACUUGCGUGCUCUGGGCUUUGGUGCCUGCUGGGGGGCAUAUUGUUACAACCACAGACUGCUAUAGGAAAACUCGGGUAUUCAUCGAGAGGGUGCUAAUACCCAAAACAGGAAUCACGGCUACAGUCAUUGACCCUGCUGAUAUUGGAGCUUUGGAGGCUGCAUUGAACGAGAAGCAAGUGUCCCUUUUCUUUACGGAGUCUCCAACUAAUCCAUUUUUGAGAUGUGUAGACAUUGAGCUGGUUUCAAAGCUUUGCCAUGAAAAAGGAGCCUUGGUUUGUGUUGAUGGAACCUUUGCAUCUCCAAUCAACCAGAAGGCCCUUGCUCUUGGUGCUGAUCUUGUUCUACAUUCGUUAACAAAAUAUAUUGCAGGCCACAAUGAUGUCCUUGGAGGUUGUAUCAGUGGUCCAGAGAAAUUGGUCUCUGUAGUACGUGAUAUGCAUCAUAUUCUGGGUGGUACCCUCAAUCCUAAUGCCGCUUAUCUGAUCAUUCGAGGCAUGAAGACGCUGGAUCUUCGCGUACAUCAACAAAAUUCAACAGCAUUGAGGAUGGCCGAGAUUUUAGAGGCGCAUCCUAAGGUGAGACGUGUCUAUUAUCCAGGCUUGGCAAGCCAUCCAGAGCAUCACCUCGCAAAGCGGCAGAUGACUGGUUUUGGUGGCGUGGUUAGUUUUGAGGUUGAUGGAGAGCUAUACACGACUGCAAAGUUCGUUGAUGCGCUGAGAAUCCCUUACAUUGCCCCCUCUUUUGGAGGCUGUGAGAGCAUCGUGGACCAACCAGCAAUAAUGUCUUAUUGGGAUCUUCCCCAGUCAGAGAGGGCUAAGUAUGGAAUUGUGGACAACUUGGUUCGGUUCAGCUUUGGGGUUGAAGGCUUUGAAGACCUGAAGGCUGAUAUCCUUCAGGCUCUGGAGACUAUAUAGGACGUCUGACCUGCACCAACAUUUUUCACUGUCUUUUCCAAAUGUGCCAUUUCCCUUUAAUAUGUUUUGAUGUUCAGUUGAUGUUUAACUAGGAAAGUGCUCGCUCAAUGUAGGUGCAAAAUCACCAGAAGAAUCCUUCCAUUUGUUUCCUAUUUUGUUCGAGUAAAAUGAUUUGCUCAAUAUUUAUUGUUGGAGGAAUAGUUCAUGGAGUCUUGUCUUCA